GAAACAGUGAUAUUAUGUCACAUUUGCCUCCUGCAAAAUCCUAUGCUGUGAACUGGCACGCACGCACUCUCUCUCUGCAAAAUUAAAGGAGAGAAUACUUUGGGCUUGAAAAGGCCAUAGGAGGAGAAGUUAGGAGUAAAUGAAAAUAAAGUGGGUCAGUAAUAUCUCAGGACCUUACCAUCUAUAAAAUCCCUCUUUUAGCUGUGGAGAUCAAAAAGCUGAAACAGUUGUAAAACAUGGGUAUGUCCACGAUCCUCUGCCUUGCGCUCCUUCUUCCUUUUUAUGGCAUUGCUGCCGCCGCCAAUGGGAAGUUAUUCCGUGAAUACAUUGGGGCGAACUUCAAGAAUGUGAAGUUCUCAGAUGUCCCCAUCAACCAAAACGUCGACUUCCAUUUCAUACUCUCCUUCGCCAUUGACUACACCUCCUCAGGAAACUCCCCUUCUCCAACAAACGGCAAAUUCAAUGUGUUUUGGGACACCAAUAACCUCAGCCCGACGGCCGUUCAAGCCAUCAAGGGGAACCACCCCAAUGUGAAGGUGGCCUUGAGUAUAGGAGGCGACAGUGUUGGCAAUGGCAAAGCCUUCUUCACCCCUGUUUCCGUCUCCUCUUGGGUCGACAAUGCCGUCUCUUCUCUCACCAACAUCAUAAAAUCCUACAAUUUGGAUGGCAUCGACAUUAACUACGAACACUUCAAAUCGGACUCCGACACUUUUGCAGAGUGCAUCGGAAGGUUGAUUUCACAGUUGAAGGGGAACAAGGUCAUUUCUUUUGCCUCCAUUGCUCCAUUUGCUGAUGAUGGUGUUCAAGCACAAUAUAAGGCGCUUUGGGCAAAGUAUGGGAGUGUGGUGGACUAUGUGAACUUCCAAUUUUAUGGCUAUGACAAGGGGACUACUGUUUCUCAGUUUAUUGGGUAUUUUGAGGAGCAAAGAAAUAAUUAUGGAGGGGGUAAGGUUCUGGUGAGUUUUAUUAGUGAUAGGAGUGGGGGAUUGGCCCCUGGAAAUGGUUUUUUCAAUGCUUGCAAGGAGUUGAAGAGUAAUGGUAAACUGUUUGGGAUAUUUGUUUGGUGCGCUGACAUUUCAAAGGGCAAUGGAUUUCAGUAUGAGCAAGAGGCGCAGGCAUUGUUGGCCUCCUAGAUUAGAUGACCCAUGACUACCUUCAUGGCUCUCUCUCUAGGUCUACUCUCUCAUACUAUUAUAAAUGCAAGGGAACUAUCAAGUUUCUAUAUUGAACUUGUAACGUGGUCUCUAUUUAUCAUAUUUAUCACUAGUCCUGUCUUGA